AUGGCCGAUCUCAUCGACCCUGAAACGACCAAGUUGGUCUCUAUCGUCUCCCUUCUCUGGGCCAUCUCAUUCACCCUCUACAACCUCUUCGAGAUCAGCGACAUCAUCUUCUUCUCAAUCAUCCUCGGAACUUCCUUCGUUCUCACCGCCGCGACUUGCGUCUGCCUCUCGGGCCUUACCGUCAUCGCCGUCUACUUGUCGGUCCUCGCCAACGCUGCGAUCCUUUGUAUCAUCGUCCUGCUCAUUCCUGCCCUUCAGUAUCUUAUCCAGCGUGUUUCCUCUAUUUUCACUCAUGUCAGAAAUAUCUGCGAUCGCGUGAUCCGGUUCUUCGAUGCGGUGGUCUCGUUCUUGGAGAAGCUUGGUGAUGCGGUGCAGCUGUUCCCUGAAGCAUUUGACAGAUUCCUUCACAGAAUUGGAGAUCUGAAGCCUCUCGUUGAUGAGUGA